GCAACAGUAUUCGUCAAGAUUUCAGGCUUGAACUCACUGGUGGAAGCAACAUUUUCAAAAUCGCACAAUGCAAAACUCUGUACCACCGGCAACCUUUCGCCGGAUCAACUCCCUCCCACUUUCUCACUCCCACUCGCCGACACCUACUGACAACGCGUCCAGUGGUUGGGUGACCACCACGUCUUCUUGGACAAGCUCUACAAAAGAUCCGCCAAGCACACUUGAUGUGUUAAGCAAGGGAGGAGGCCCGUUGGCUUGGACAGAAGUAAGGCAUAGAUUACAGGAAGGAGAACAUGUAGAUGUCGAUGGCGAGGGGAAUAACGUGGGUCACUGUAGUCAAGCUGUCAUACUAUCAUGUCUUCAUCUCGCGCAUGAAAUGGCUUUGCGAGAAGUAGGCAUGUAUGCAUGGACUGUCCCAGCUGUAAAAGAUCCAACGGGCAGCAUGAUGAAGAUUAUGAAACAGUACGAAAAGCAGAUAAAGGCUAUGAGCAGGCAUGCAGAUCUAAGGUGCCGUUCCGUGCCAGAUCCUUCCAAACUCUCCAUCCAACACCAUCUUCAGAAAGCCCGACAGGCCGCAGGUCUCAACAGCUAUGUCGCGGUCAUCUAUAGCGGCCAUGGAAUCCAAGAGCCCCCAACAGAAGCUGGGGAGCUGUGGUGCUAUGAUAAAAAUUUUGAAGAGUGUUUGCAGUCUGGGUGUGGCCCUUCUGAGUAUAUCCCCAUUCUUUUGUUCGACCUCCUCACCUGGGCUGGUGCUUCGACAUGUUACGUCUGGGACUGCAAAAACGCAGGUCGAUUUAUUCGCGCCGCCAAAACAGAGGCAGAGGAGAUUGACUCUCAGCUCCGAACGGCAGCCGCUCAAAAUCCGUCAGUAGCAGAGACGCAGCCGGCAACGUAUGCUAAACGGCAGAUACACUUCGCUGCCUGUAGCACAGAGCAAGUUCUGCCCAAAGUCAAAGGUUUACCUGAUGACUUAUUCACUGCCUGCCUGACAACACCAUUGAGGAUCGCUUUGUUGUUCCACAAUUUACAGUGCUUUCCUCUUACUAGAAAGAAUGCCGAGAAAGCCACCAUAAAAAGUCCCGCUUAUAUGGACGGGCUUUGGGAGAACAUGAGCCAAAGUCUGAAAGAUCGAUUGUGGUCGGAAUUGACGGCAAUUCUGCAUACCAUUGCCUGGCAAACACUCGAUGGGUCAGAGUAUCAGAAAUUAUUUGGAAAAUCGGGUGAUGUGGUCAACAAUAUAGCAAGCGGAUUCUUACUCUCGCAAAGGGUUCUCGGAGCAUUCAAAGUGACCCCUGAGUCUGUUCCGAGCAUUCCGUCUUCAGUUUCCAACCAUGCCUUGUGGACAACAUGGGAUCUUAUCCUUGACAAUUUGUUCGAACAAUUGCCAAAAUACUUCGAUGACGCUCACCCCAAUGUCACAUGGGAAAAAGAUCUCAAACUUGUCUCUUUCAUGGCUGACCAGCUCGAGAGUAUCACCACGGCUGGACAAAGCUUGCUUUUCACUGAGACACCGAAAUCUGGGAUGAUGCCCGGCCUGACUAGACUGCCUAUCAUCUGUAGAGCAUCAAUGACAGAAGAGUUCAGAGUUCAGGCUUGUUCUGCUCUGGAUGCUUGUCUCAACGCGCUUGACGCGCGGGGCCUGGCCCGUGCCGUACAGGGUGGUGCUCUAGAUGUGGCAGUUGAACUUCUCGCAUUGCAAGAUGAAAGGAUCAAGGAUCAGGUUAUCAGUAUAUGGUCAUCUCUUGUAAAGUAUGACUCGUGCGUUUUGGCGCUUGCCAAAGAGGGCCUCACAGCUGAUAGGUUGACGGACGUUCCAGCCGUUAAAUUCUUUCUUAUCGUGUUGCAGGAGAACCUCGCCCAUGACAAGUUGUCUCCUGAUGCAGGAGACUCUGGUCCGGAUACCCAAGAAGAUUGUUCAGAUUUCAACCUCGUUCCCACCGUACAGAUUGCCGCUGUCUUAUCGACCAUCGCCAACUUCGUUGUUGGUCGCUCUGCACCGCGUUUCGUGUCUCGCUCCCUGAACAUGGCAAAUAUCAUGCUUCACUCCUCCUGUGAUCUCAUUCGUCAGUGGGGGGCUCUGCUCGCCGCUGAAGUGCUGGGAAGUCUUAGUAUAUCAGAUGAAGAGCGCUUAUCCGAAGAGCUAAAAGGAGAGCUCUUGCGUAUGGUGGAUAGCGGGAAUGUAGAAAAUCGGGCGGCAGGAAUAUAUGCUUUGUCAAGAUGGCUGCCUGUCGGAGAUGAAUGGGGAGCAUCAGAGCUAGAAGGUAUAUUGGAACUCUCAGACCAUUUGGUCAAGCACAGCAAAGUGGAAGGAUCCCCUUUAGUAAGACGGGAGCUGGCUGAAGUCUUUAUCCAAAUACUUAAAUCUGCCAAAGGCUUCACUGCAAUGGCCCUCUGGACUCAGUUGCUUGGAUAUGCUCUCGACGCUCGACGUCAAGACAUAUCAGUAGCUGAAAAAGCUAUCAUAAACCUUGGGAUGAACCUGAAGAUGGCACCGAAACAAAAGCUUUUGCUGAAUAGGAUAGCAGCUAUCCUGAGCGCCGUGUGUGUGCAACGGUACGAUCCCGAUCCUAUGGUAGCCAAAAUAGUUCAUCAACCUCUGUGCAAAGCUCUCGAUAUGCUGAGGUCUCAAUCCCAGGAAAGUAAGAAGGAUGCCAACGUCUGGAGUGAAAUUCAAUCUGCGACAUUCCUCUCAUCGAAGAACAAGCCAGAAUGGACCAAUGAGAUGUUUGAAACAAUUCUAGCUGCCAGUGAAAGGGUCAAGGAGCUCUAUCAAGGUACAUCUUCUGGGAAUGACCCUUGUAGAUUUACAGCCGAAAGGCCUCAGCACGCCAAGGAGGCCAAAAGCAGGAAAAGAGUGAAUCAUGGCUUGUUCGAGAGGAAUAAAAGGGCGUUACAAGCUCAUAUUACGCAAGCUAGGCGAAAGGCAGAAAUCACAUCCCAUGAUAGUUCUCCAAUCAAAUCAACGUCUUCUGGCGAUACCUGGACUAUGAGACAUCGCGUUCUAGAGGAUUCGCUCGUAAUAGCCGAACAACAGGUGGGCUUGCCAUGGAAAUGGUCUAUGAAGGAUAUAAUAUGCCCUGACCCAUGGACAACAUUGACCUUCCACUCGUUUCACAGCACAGUUAUGUCUUGCAAUAGAGAUCAUGAUCUCUUGAUGUGGGACUGGAACUCAUCAAGAAAAAUAGGUCAUGUCAAGCUCAACUUGGCAUCACACACCAGUAUAACUUCUGCAAGGUUUGUGAACGAGUUGCACGAGCAAAUCGUCAUUCUAGCUGAAAUCUGUAAUGGCGAUAUUCACAUCCUCGCAGGUCCUCAAGAUGCUAGCCGCAUCAAGCCCAUUGCCAGCUUUCAAGCGCUAAAUAUGCACUCGUCGCGGAACAUGCUGGUAGAAGAUGAAGAUCACCGAAGGCUAGUGACAACUUGGUUCAGGCAAAGUGGUAAAUUGUGCGUUGGGGGAGCUAGUGAGGUUAUCAACGUCUGGGACUGUCCGGCAGAAAGAUGCGUGCAAGUGCUGGAGACCAAAGCCAAUGUGCCUGUCACAACUCUCAUAACUGAGCCUGUAUCGGGAAAUCUGGUAAUCGGUGGACAAGCAGAUGGAAUGGUGCAAUUAUUUGAUCUCCGACAAUGUCGACGGACGUCCGUUCUCUCGUGGAAAGCUGACCUACCCGGUUUAUCAAUCCAACAAGAAGACAUGAGACUCUUCAACACGAAAAAGGACGGUGUAGCCAAAAUGGGCGUAAUCUUGGGCGAAAGCAAGCAUGUGACUUCCGCAUGCUUCAACGGGCUGAUAAAUGUUCAUGACAUUCGUAACUUGUCCCAGUCAGCCGCCUCUGUGUUGGCGCAUCCUGAUGGUAUUGCCUCGGCAUCUUUUCAGCCUCACUCAGGUUUGAUGUCGACCGUAUCAUUGUUAAACAAGCCUCCUUUAAACUCAUCUAAGGGGACGAUCAUGAGUGUCACACCUGCUUAUUCACAUUCUUCUACCCAAUCAAAGCUUUCCACGGCACUUUCCCAUUUUCAUCUUCGUUCUAGGUCCAAUUCAUCUCCUAAAAUUCGUCCUUCUUACACCAUGAACAAUAAUAUUACUUUGCAUCCGAGUGCUGCCUCUAUCAGGUCCUCAGCCAACUGGUCCCUUCAUCGCACAUCUCUCGGCUCCUGCAAUCCGGUGACGGUCGAGUCUAUAUCUUUCGAUUCUCAACCUGCCGAUGUGAUGGCUCAAGGAUUUAGACCUUACACCGUUAUGCACCCCCUCAGGCCAUUCCUAGGGAUUGGAUUCGGGGAGACGUGUUACCUCCGGGGCUGUGGAGUGGGAAAGGGCGAUGAUACGGAUAGCGGGAGCUACACCUUUCUGAGAGAGCAGGCCAAGUACGGUGUUUUAUAGAUUAUGAUAAUGAUUUGUGCGAAUACGAAUAUUGUAUGGCAUUGCCAGUGAUACAGAUUUCGAAUCGAAGAUGACAAGCCACCU